GCCGGCCGUUCAUCUCGUAACUUGCUUGUCAGAUUUUUCGCGGUUCGCGGUUAGUGAGCUACGCCCCCCUUAAGGGAGGGUUCUUACGGUAUUUAACAAAUAAUAAUUGUCACUUUAUAUUUAUAUUGAGAUUUUGUUAUUAAAAGUUUUUUUUUUGCUUUCAUUAAAACGAUUCGAUUUAAUAUCGCGACGUCGUAGGAACGUAAAAAGAAGUAUAUAUACAUAUAUAUAGAGUGAAUGUGUUUGUGAGUAAGGGAGGGUAGUGUAAAAAAGAGGAAAAAAAAAGAAGAGGAUACACGGAAAGAAAGAAGGCGUAGCAUCCAUCACCCUUAUUGUCAAUUGAAAGAAGAGAGGAAUGUUUUCUUUUUAAUCAUCGAACGAGAUAACGUUUUUCAUCCUAGUGGGAAAUAAUAUCACAACAUUUGAAAAGGAUCUUGUCAAAAAGGCUGUUGGAAAAUUCAAGGAUCUAUCAUCAUUGGCAUUUGUGUGCUUCCUUAUUUCCUUGCUUGCUACCUAGUUACCUACCUACCUACACCUAUCUCUACCUACCAACAUAAUUACAUCGAACCAUCAUCAUCUUCGUGGGUGGUGAAAUCUCAUUAGAACUACCGUAACAAUUGAUAAAGAAGUAUAGUUAUUAUCGAGGAUGUUCAAAUGCUGCGUAUGCAACAAGAGUUCGAGGAAGGAAAAGCAGCUUAUGACCAAUGAAAUGGACAAUAACAGCAGUAACAACAAAUCAUUGGGAAACAAAGUGAUCGAUUCAUCCAUUAAAAGUGAUAACGACGAUAAAUAUGUUAUAAUAGAUGAAAAUAAAGAUAAAUCUGCUAACGGUGAAAUUAAUCAACGAUUAGAAACAAAUACUAAAGUAUCUUCCUCAUCAACAUCGUUGUUAUUGGAAAAUCAUUUAACUAAUAUGGAAAAAUUAACAAUGAAUGAUAAUGAUAAUAAAGAACAAAUUGGAAAAGAAGAAGAAAAAGAAAAAGAAGAAAACCAGGUGAAAAAUGAAGAGACAAAAGAAAAUGAUGGGGGUGAGGGGGUAGAACAGAAAGGUCAAGGUGAGGGUGUAGAAGGGUCAGAUGAAAAAGGUAGAGGAGAUUUGAAAGAAACGAUGCAGAAGGGUUGCAUUGGUACUGACGAAGCUAAAGGGGAGGAGGGUGGUGGUGGAGGUGGUGGUUGUGACGGUGUUGUUGGUGUUGAUGGUGGGGGUGAAUUCGAUGCUGUAGAAACUGCAAUAGCUUCUGUUAAAACUAUCAAUGUUGUUGUUAAAUCAAAUUUAUACAAUGCCUCGGCAUAUAUCGAGAGAACGAUUGACGAUGGUCCUGACGAAGAGGGGGAUGAUUCUGUUUUUGAAUCUUGUCCGAACGAGAACGAGAAUGAAAAUGAUAACGAGAUUGAUAACGAGAUUGAUAACGAGACACCUGCUAAAGUUGUAACAGUUUCUGCGAUUCCACGUUGGCUGUCAGAAGAGGAUGACGAUGAUUCAGGAUCAGAGGGAUGCAGUGGGAUGCAAGAACCCCCUGCAACCCCCGUAGCACGCGACGAGCUAGCAUUAAGGCGUCACAGGUUCUUCUCCGAUUUACUUCAAGCUACACAAAAUUCUUCGGAGCACAGAGUGAGAUUCGACCCUUUAGGACCGAUGGUUCACUCCGGUUGCGAAGCAAGCGACAAGUUGGAACAAUUGGUGGAUCUGGUUAAUCGACUUGAGAGUGGUAUCAAACGAUUGGAAAGAGUACCAGCUGUUGGACAGUCUGUAACUCAAACUCAAGAAAUAGCAGUUGAAACCAACACACCGUCACCGAAUAAACCACAACCGGUAUCAACGAGAAAUACAGCGGCGUCGCCAUUAUCUUCACCAGAAAAAGCAUCUUACAAUUUAAUACAAUCAACCAGCAGCAACAACAACAACAACAAUAAUAUUAAUAGUAACAGUAACAUCAACAGCAACAGUAUGUCUGUCGCAGGCUAUGAAGAUUUGUUGGCAGGAUCGUUGAAGGAGUAUCUUCAAUUGAGCCAAAAAAUUGGCGGAGUUGUAGCCACCCAAAGUGAAAUGGUUGAAAAAGCAUUCCAAAUACAACUUGGUUUCAUCAAAUUGGCUGGCAGUCGUACAGCCCCAACCAAUCAAUCCGAACAAAUGUCACUGUUAGCACCAACAUCAGCACAGAUUGUUCAGAUUCAAGAAUUCAGCGAGAAGAAUAGAAACUCGCCAUUUUUCAAUCAUUUAUCUGCCAUAAGUGGAAGUAUUCCAGCAUUGGGAUGGGUUGCUUUUUCACCUACACCAGCUCCUUACGUUAAAGAGAUGAACGAUGCUGGACAAUUUUAUACCAAUCGUGUUUUAAAGGAUUGGAAAGAGAAAGACAAAACGCACGUGGAUUGGUGUAAAGCAUGGGUACAAACAUUGAACGAUCUUCAACAAUACGUUAGACAACAUCAUACAACGGGAUUGGUAUGGGCAAAAUCUGGUGGUGGUUCUGCGCCAGUGGGGAUUCCACCACCACCACCACCUUCCAUGCCUUUACCAGAGGUAUCAGCAUUGAACGUCAGCGACGACAGAAGUGCACUGUUCAAAGAAAUUAAUCAAGGGGAAGGUAUCACGAAGAAUUUGAAAAAAGUCACGUCGGACAUGCAGACCCAUAAGAACCCAUCUUUAAGAACUGGUCCAGCUCCAUUUAAAGCUCCUGUUUUUGGUAAUGCAGUACCAGGAAAAACUGUAUUACCAGCUAACGCGCCUAUCGAUAAACCACCUGUGUUUACUAAGGAUGGUAAAAAAUGGCUAGUGGAAUAUCACAAAGGUAACAAAGACCUGGUCAUCGACAACGUCGAGAUGAACAACGUUGUUUACAUGUUCCGUUGUCAGGACAGUACAAUGGUCGUCAAAGGAAAAGUUAAUUCAAUCGUCAUGGAUUCUUGUCGCAAAUCGUCGGUUGUAUUCGACUCGGUAGUAUCGAGUAUCGAGUUCGUCAACUGUCAAAGUGUACAGAUGCAGGUACUCGGUAAGGUGCCAACUAUUUCAAUUGACAAGACAGACGGUUGUCAAAUGUAUCUGAAUUCUGAAUCAUUGGACGUCGAAUUAAUAACAAGCAAAUCUAGCGAAAUGAACGUCAUGGUGCCCAAAGGGAAUGGAGAUUAUACGGAGUAUCCUGUUCCAGAACAAUUUAAGACAACCAUCAGUCCAAAAGGCCUCAGCACAAUUGCAAUCGAUUCCCUUGGUUAAAAAAAAACAAAAAAGCAAAAAAAAAAACAAAAUCCCAUGAAAACAAGCAAAAAAAAAACCACCCUAAUUAAAAUACUACUAAUCGUAGCCUAAAAAUAUCUUUCUAACAAGUACGAUUCACAUUAGAGGUUAUGUCAUCGUUAAGGAUAUCAUCAAUUUAUUAUUAUUUAUUGUCUUCUCGAAUAAGGUAUGCUCGGAAGUUAUGAUAACGAUGAUGAUAAUGAUGAUGAUGAUGAUGAUGAUGAUGAUAAUAAGAUGAAGUCGAGUUAAAAAGGAUCGACAACUUCGUUAAAAGAAGAAACAAGAAACAAAAAACAAAAAAUAAGCGCGCUACGAAUUGAUUUCAAUCCUAUCUUAAAAUUAGGAUUAAUAAUCCUUUCUUCUUCCUUUCUUCGAC